GCAUUCAUUCGCCAGCGGAAGAUUGUUCGCGGACCCACCUUAUCUAAGUCAACCCUCUUCUCAUCCCCCUCACCCAUAUGCUCCCUCUGUCAUUGAUUUGAUUGAUUGUUUCCAUUCAAUGCACACACACACACAUACACACACAUACACACACACACAUACACGCACACAUACACACACACAUACACACACACACGGUGACCGUGCUUCCCCACCCGCGCAUUUCGAGGGACCCAUUCAAAUCGACCUGCUCACUUGCCGCUGAUGGAUGAGAACUACAUUCGACUCCAAGAUGUGGCCAAGCGGAGGCAGAAGGUGUACGAGCCCAUAGAAACGGCCGACGACCAGAGACACACAAGCAACAGCAGCCGCAGCACCGCCAGUGCUGGCGGUGGCCGUGGUGGACCGCCAGCUGGCGCCACUGCGCGUGUUGCUGCCCAGACACAGGACACGGCACCUGCUCCUGCACCCAGGGCUUUCCUGCCCACUGUCACACCAAGCACACAGGGUGACGAUGAAGGCGAGUAUGAUCCCACGGGAACAACGAAGACAGUCACAUCGGUGCAGAGCCUUGGCGACCUGACACACCACUACACCAACAUGGGCGCACUUGGCUGUGUCAUCAUCAAGGGCGUGCAUGGCUACUGCAGCUUUCUCAACGGUAUUUAUCGCCGCGUGGAGGACAUCACCUACGAAGACAGACACGUGUAUCGGCUGGACACCAUGGUCCCGCAUGGAAACUCCGUGGCUGCGGGCAAGUUCCUGUACAUGUACUUCAAGGCCGGCCAGCGCGCGUGGGCGAUUGGCUUGCGGCUCGGCUCGUCUGGGGUGCUUGCGUAUCGCAAGGUGACGGGCUUGGACCCUGUCACGGGCUCUGGCCCGUGGAUGGUCACAGAUCCCCAGGGAAACUUCUUUGAGGAGCCGUCACUGCGGGCGCGAAUGGCGGGUGGAUAUACGGUCCCGUACACCGAGGACACGCGAUUGCUGGAGCGCAGCAGCUUCCCCGGCGCACUCCCAUACGGAUUCACCCGCCCAAAGGCAGAGGCCCUCUUGCUGCAGCACUUUGCCCAACACAGACAAGGAGGGGUGUAUGUGCUGCGACGGAGCACGUCUGUAGCGGAUGCGUGCAUCCUGUCCAUCCUCGACGCCCAGGGCCGCUGCCACCACCUGCAGAUUGAUGCGUCCAAGGACGGCUGCCACGUGUGCGGAACAAGCAUCCAGCGCGGAUCAAUGGCAGAGGUGUUGGAAACGCUCACAACGCGCCAGCUUGCGCUUGUCAACGGAACGCGGCUGCCACGGCUGACGAGCAACCUGUUGGACGACCGGGCGUUUCGGGAGCUGGUGCGGCACACGUCCAGCAGCAGCGCCAGCCGCUCCACCACGCUCAGCCGCAGCAACACGAUGGGCGGGAGCACCAGCAGCAAAGGGUCGGCGAGCACCAGCAGUCGGCCCAGCCGCACGGGGAGCCUACAACACAGAUCUGGGCUGGCGAAGCAGCGCGUGUACAGCGUUCCAAAGGGCAUGGCACUCGGUGCCAAGUCGUCUCUUGCGACGUCUUCCUCCACGGCCUCAUCGCUCCAGCACGACAUGAGCCCGCAGCCAGACACCCAGUAACAUGUAGUACGCUCCGCUGUGCUGUGCUAUUGUGUGAUAUCCUGUGAUUUGAUGUACUGUGCUGGGAGGCGCUCGUGGUGUGCUUCUUCUGCCUUCUUCUUCUCUUUCCCCUCUCCUUUGCUUGUUCUAUGGUAUUUCCUGCUCUGUUACCUCCGACAUGUUACUCUUAUUUGGCGCACCGCCCUUCAGUCCACACACACACACACCUAUGCACGUUGGUGACAUUUAACAAACACCUAAACAAACGCG